AUGAUAUCUUAAUAAGAAUAGGAGGAGGAUCAGAAUCAGUUUGGUGAAGAGCAUGACGAAGAAGUUGUAAGUGAAUAAGACUCAAUCGAAUCAAUGGAGGAUGAAGAAAAAGUAAAGUCGAGAAAAAUUAAAAAGGAGCGAGUAUCCAAAGAAUCAGAUGAUGACGAGGAUGAAAAUAGUUAAGUUCCAAAAAAGAGUUUAGCUGUGAACGACACAGAAGAGUCUAGAGUUUCAAAUGAAAAUAGAAGAUAGACUAGAAGAUCCAAAUAUGCUGAAAUGCAGAAUGAAGACAUUGAAAUGAGAAGUUCUAGUUCAAACUCAACUGUCAAGAAGGGCUCUCAAAGUAAAAAGCAUAAAAAGAAAAAAGAUAAGAAAAAGAAGAAAAAAAAGGACAAGAAGAAGAAAGACAAAAAGAAGAAGAAAAAGAAGAAGAAGAGAGGUAAUUCAAGCAGUUCAGAUUCAAGCAAUAGUAGUGAAGACUCUGAUGAAGAUUGGAAAUUUGAUGAUAAAGGAGUUGAUUAUGGCAGCCCUGAACGUAUUUCAGAUGGAUCUUCAGUAUGGGAUGGUAGGUCUUAAGAACUUUAUGAUUCAGACAACCCUGAGUACCCUUUAAAUCUCUAUCAUAUUGAAUCAAAGCCAAGAAUACUUGAAAUUGAGGAUUUUAACUAAGAAGGAGAUCCAGUGAGGUUACUUCUUGACUAGAAUAUUAGAAUGUUAAGAAGCAUGGUAGAGCUAAAUCAUUGA